AUAAAAUUGAUAAAUGUUUAAGUGUUUAAGUUGAGUAAACAGUUAAAAUCACUUAAUCAUUGGUUUAAAGAGAAUUGAUUUAAACAACGGAAGUUGUAUUGUCUGUUUAUAUAUCAACACACUAUAUUCAGUCUGUGUUACGUCUAUGAAUGCAGGGUUAUCCAACAUUUAAUGCUUAUCGAAGGUGCUGUCGCUAUCUUGGCCAUUCCAGACUACUAAAUAUGGAAAGCAGAGGACAUAACCAAAAUUGGAUUGGACGUUGCCAAACAUAGCUCCUUGUAUUUCCCGAGUUGGCAGCUCGCAGCGUACUUGUCCUCUGAGCUCACUCUCGGCAAAGACCCGAUUUGGAACAGUUUUGUUCCGUUUUACCAAUAAUAAACAAUUUAAAUUCUCGUCACGGGAACGUUAAAUUAUAAGAGGCCGUUCGGAAAUCGGUUCCCUAUACCGAUUCGACCAAUCCGAGAACAUUUUACAUCGGUGGCAUUCUCUUAAUUAUUCCCCCUAAAAUGAUUAUUUUCUAUUUGAUUAAUUAAUUAACUAACUGUUCUACGAAGUGAGUAAAAUUUGGAUAACAUUUCCCUCUCGAUAAUUUAGAAAGAAGAUAUUAUUCGCUCGUUCCAAUUCUCCUUCUUUGGUUUACUGCCAAAUACCGCAAACACCUUUUAAAGUAGAAACUCUAUUUUCAUCUUUGAAAUGUUUUCAAAUUAUCUAUUAUAUGUUUAUUUUUAAUACUGUCUUUUUCAACGUAUUUGCUUCGCCAAUUGUUGAAUUGCUAUACUUAUUGAGAUCCAUUACUGUAUUAUUUUUAAUAUUUUCGUAUACCGGCAGAUGGCGACUUACGGGAAUUUUCUUUUAAUUAUUAAAUUAUAAUUUUUAUAAAUAUUAUAUAGGGUUUUACUUAAGCUUUAUCUUACAGGAAAGUAUCAAGAAUCAAUUCAAUUCGGGCGCAUCUACGCCCGAAACUAUCAUUUUAGGAAACGGAGGUAAUUCUGCUACGGUCACCAGCACCACUCUGUCUAGUCCUCUACCAUUGGCUACCGUCCCCGUGCUGACUACCUCUAGUCCAACCACAUCCUCGCCUACGUCCGUCUCUAUGCAGUUACAACAAACGGCCGGAUUCGCCACAUUUUUAGCGCAAGGUAAUUCUUUAACACCAGGAACAACGGUUCAAAUUGGAGCAUUUCCAAAUCAAUCUAACGUUCAGCAAACGCAAAAUCAAACACCAGCUGUCUACAGACUAAACCCGACUGUAGUAUCUAUUCCAAGUGUAGGACAAGUAUCUACAAGUACGUCUUCGUCUACUCAAAAUGCUAUGACCGUAGUUCCUACAACUCAACAAAAUUUGUCGGUAGUUUCAGGAAACAUGGUAAUACCCGCUCAGGCAAUGGGACAAAAUUCCGGCGCGACAGUCAUGUAUCAGACCAACCAAGGAGUAGUUUACGCUGCUUCCACAACCAAUUCACUCCCAGAUAACGUUAUUUUAAAUCUGGGCCAGCAGGACCAAGGAAAUUCGAGCCAACAAUUCAUCACAAUUCCCGUACCCGUCUCACUCACACCUAGUCAGCAGCUUAUUCAAGGGGCAUUGAGUUGCCAUUCUUCCGAGAACACAACAGAAGUUACAAACAAACGAGAUAAACAAAGGAAGUGAGCUUUUAGAAAUUCAAUCUGGGGAUCACCAAACUCAUUGAAAUGAAUAGAGUCAAUCGCCAUUAACUCGACCAAUCAGUGUCUAAUUACCAAAACUUAUCAAGUGCUGGAAUGUAAAUAAAUAUUUAUAAAUAUAAAAUUAUUUUAAUUUUAA